AUGCUAGAAAAGGCGGGAGAACAAACGGCAAGCUGGAGUACUUUGCUGGUGUUUAUGCUCAGUUCUCGUCUGGAUCCUGUAACUCUCCGCCAUUGGGAGACCCACCGGAAAUCGACGCUGGUUCCUAGCUACACCGAUCUCGUGAAUUUUCUGCGCAAUCAUAGUCUCGUCCUGCAAUCCCUUGACGCUUCCAAAGGCCGAUCAUUCGAUUCCUCUCGCUUAUCCACACACCGCUUCCCCUCACACCCAGCUAAGCCGAACCUAGUGCAUUCAGCCGUUACCGCUCAGAAAUCAUGCCCCUUCUGUAAACAGUUAGCCCACUCACCAUAUCAAUGCGAAGUGUUUCGUAAAAUGACUCCCAUUCAACGAUUUGAAGCCACAAAGAAAAACGCUCUCUGUAUCAACUGCUUGUCACCUUCGCAUCUCGUCAAGGCCUGUACGAGUGGUACUUGUCGCGUCUGCCAGCAAAGACACCAUACGAUGCUGCAUCAAAGACCCAUCGUCCCAAACAGCCAAUCGGUUCCACCCACCAAACCAACCGAUCCACAGACUUCGUCUUCGUACACUCCGAACAAUCGUCAGCAGUCUGCUUCGUCGAGCAAACAGUCAUUGCAACCGGAAAGCCAAACCCAAGCCACCGCGGUCCCUGCCCCACAAACCAGCCACUUUUCGAUGCCCUUCACCGAUGCCGAGCAUAUCGUUCCUGCUACCGUUCUACUGUCGACAGCUCUGGUGAAAGUAUAUUCUUCAUCUGGCUCCUCGUUGUGGGCCCGCGCAUUGUUGGAUUCCGGAUCGCAGCUCAAUUUCGUUUCGGAACAUAUUGUUCAAAAUCUGAAGCUUCAUCGGUCUAAGGAAUUCGUCCCAAUUAGCGGUGUAGGCCUCUCAUCUACUUCCUCCAAAUACACAACCAUCAUACGCAUUCAGUCUCACUGUGCUGAUUUCGAGGACAAUUGGAAGUUCCAUGUACUUCCAAAGUUGACAUUGGAAUUGCCAAAUCAAGCUGUUGAUGUUUGCCGAUCGAGAUGGCCGUCAGACGUCGUAUUAGCAGAUCCCACAUUUGAUCAACCUGGCAGAAUCGAUCUGAUUCUCGGCGUUGGAAUUUUCUAUGACCUUCUACGAGAUGGUCAAAUUAAGAAUAGAAGCGGAGAUCCUGUGUUGCAGAAUACUGCCUUAGGAUGGGUAGUAUCCGGAAAGGUUCAAGCAAAGGUGCCUUCUGCCUCGGUUUCGAAUUUUGCACAUGUUGCACCUAGCCCAACGAUUGAAGAUCAACUAUCACGGUUCUGGGAAAUUGAAUCGUGCCGCACGCUUAGCACUCACUCCGUAGAAGAAGCUGAAUGUGAGAAGUUUUUCGAAAAAACAGUCGAAAGGGAUCAGUCUGGUCGUUUCAUCGUCGCUCUACCGACGAAGUCGUCGGUGAUUUCCAUGCUUGGGAGUUCUAAAGAUAUUGCAGAUCGUCGUUUCUACUCGCUUGAGCGUCGGUUGAACGCUACUCCUGCGCUAAAGGAAGCAUACACUGCUUUCAUACACGAGUACGUGCAGCUCGGACAUAUGCAGCCUAUAUCGGAUGCGGAAACCCAUACACUUCCAUCGUACUAUCUGCCUCACCACUGCAUCGUCAGACCUGACAGUAUCACCACGAAAUUACGUGUGGUUUUCGAUGCGUCAUGCUCAAGCGACAGCGGUGUCUCACUCAACGACGCGCUUCUGGUUGGUCCUGUCAUCCAAGAUGAUUUGCUGUCUAUCGUUCUGAGAUUCCGGAUGCCGCAGUUUGCAAUCAUCGCCGACAUUGAAAAAAUGUACCGGCAAAUCAGGGUGAGGAAGUGUGAUCAUCCAUUACAACGGAUUCGAUGGAGAGAUUCCGCAACCCAACCGCUGCAAACGUUUCAACUUACAACGGUUACGUACGGAACAUCUUCGGCUCCGUACCUCGCGACUAAAUGUCUUCAGAAAUUAGCUGAAGAUGGGUCCGAUAGUCAUCCAGAGGCAGCAAUGGUUCUUGGGCGUGACUUUUAUAUGGAUGACAUGCUUACUGGAACAGAUAGCAUCGAAGAAGUGACCAAGCAGAUAGUACUUUCGGAUAUCGCCCGCCUGUUUGAUCCAUUGGGUCUAGCUGGGCCAGUGCUGGUACAAGCAAAGUUGUUUCUCCAAGAUCUAUGGCGAGAUGGCUGUGAUUGGAAGGAACCGCUAAACGAAAAUCGUCAACAUCAGUGGCUGGAACUUCGGGAUAGCUUUCAGCACUUGGCGGCCCUCAGAAUCCCUCGAUGGGUCGUUGCAACUACCGGAGUCGUGAGUUUAGAAGUCCAUGGAUUCUCCGAUGCAUCCGAGAGAGCGUACGGGGCCUGUAUAUACCUCCGUGCUGUGUCGUCGACAGGCAGCAUCCAUGUCAACCUGCUUACCGCUAAAUCAAAAAUAGCACCAAAUGGCAAAAGCAAAAGGGCAGGAGUCGUUAGUCUUCCACGUUUGGAACUGUGUGGAGCCCUGUUAUUAAGCCACUUAUUCGAGAAGGUCGAGUUCAGUCUGAAACUUAAGGCCCAGAACUUCUUCUGGACGGAUUCGGAAAUCACGCUUUACCAAAUUACAGCCAGUCCCUCACGUUGGAAAACGUUUGUCGCAAACAGAAGUUCCGAAAUCCAGCGUAUCACGGCGGAUGGCAUGUGGUCGCAUGUUCCUGGCUCGGAAAACCCGGCAGACAUAAUCUCCCGAGGAAUGUGUCCAGAACAGCUGCAAAACUGCACAGGCUGGUGGCAUGGACCAGAUUGGUUAUCGCAACCAUCACGCUUUUGGCCGCCACUGGGGCGGCCGACAAACCGAAUCUUCAGUCCCGAAGAGCUUGAAGAACGAACGGUUUCGCUUCCUGUGCAAAUACAAUCACCAAACGAGUUAUUUUUGUUGUAUUCCACAUACUUUAAGCUCGUUCGAACCGUAGCUUGGAUACAAAGAUUUGCCCACAACGCAAGAACCAAAGAUAAAGUAAACCAUCGUAAUGGAUUUCUCUCGACCGCGGAAAUCAAGGAUGCUACCCUGCUACUCGUCAAACUCGCUCAACAGGAACACUUCGCCCAAGACUUGGCGGAAAUCUCUCGAAAUGGACAAGUUAAGUCAAAUUCUCGCUUGAAGUCGCUGUUCCCAAUACUCGUAAAUGGUGUGAUCCGUGUAGGUGGCCGGUUACGCCACGCCCCUGUUCCGUACGAUCAACGUCACCCUAUGAUUCUGCCGGACAAGCAUCGUCUCACAGAAAUGGUAAUGGUGUACUACCACCGGAAACUCCUACACGCCGGACCGCAGCUUCUGGCAGCUGUUGUACGGGAACGGUUUUGGCCGCUUCGUAUACGGAAUCUCUCUCGUCGAGUAGUUCACGCACAUACCAAAUGUUUCCAGUGCAAACCCCAGGUCUUAGAGCAGCUAAUGGAAGAACUAUCGGUAGAACGUGUUACACUACACCCAACUUCCCUUCCGCUCAUACUGUGGACUAUUGUGGUCCAUCUGCAUAUCGUCCAACUCGCCGUGCUACUGCCAUCAAGUGCUAUGUCUCUGUGUUUGUCUACCUCGUAA